AUGACGCCUUUAAGUAAUAACGACAACCUUCAAUUUAACUUUAUGGAAGAGAAGAAAACAAAUCCGUCUUUUAAGCGUGAAAUGAAAGUUUUUAAGGAGGAAAUGGAGGAGGAAAUUCAAGAAAUCAAAUCUGAAAAUAAAAAAGAAAUUAAAAAUUUAGAACAAAACUUUCAGCAAUCAAUUAUUGAGAAAAUUCAAGCAAAUAAUUUUGUUCAAAUUAAAAAUAAAUGGGGUGAAAUUGUGCAUGGUAAAUGUUGUGAAAAUGAGUGUAUAAAUACUGACAAACCUAUUGGUAGUUGUAUUAAAGGAAAUGGAUUUAUUAAUAUAAUUGAUGGUGGAAAUAUUACUUAUAUUAAUUGUGUUGGGGAAGGUAAAUUAACUAAUGAAAAUUUAAUUAUUUUAUUAAAUAUUUUAGGUGAAAAUAAAGAUGUUCGCGUUAAUGCUGAAAAAAAAUUUAAAAAACCAAUAGACGAUUGCAUAAAUUAUUCUCUUUUUUAUUUUGAAAUUAAAUGUAAAAUUGAAGGAGUGAAGAGUGAUGAAAAUUGGAUGGUUAUUGGUCUUCGUAAUGGGAAUAAUGCAGUUAAAUUGGAUAUUGAUGAAGCUUUUAUUCGUUGUGAAUUUAUAAUAAAGAAAGAUAUCAAAUUUAAACUUCCUUCCUUUUCUUGGAGUGAUGGGGAUGUUUUUGGUUUAGGAUUAGUAUAUCCACCAAAUAAUAAAAUAAAUGAAUUACCUUAUGUUUUCUUUACUCAAAAUGGGAAAUUAAUUGGUAAAUCUUUAUUAUUGAAAGACGAUGAUUGUGACAAUUAUGAAAUUUUUGCCCAUCUAAAACGUUGUUCUAUCGAAACCAACUUUGGAAAUGAUUUCAAGGCUAAACCAUUUGUUUAUAAUAUUACUGAACAUUCUGCGCCGAAAGAAUUUUAUGUUGAUUCUGAUGGUUCUAUUGAUGAACCUUCUCUUACUAGUAAAUUUUCAGCUUUUUAA